AUGGCGCACAGGGCCCCUUGUGUGCAGCCGCACGGUGCGCUGCGGGCGCCAGCAGCGCGGGCCGCCUGCUCCGCGAUCCGUCCGGACGUCCGCUCAGGCGUCUCGCUCCGCUCCGGGCCGCCUGACCGGCUGCGGCAGCACCUCCCGGUGGCGCAAGCAGCGGUCGGCGGGCGCCGGAGCGCGGGCCAAGGCGCCGUCGACAGCAUUACGGUCGACGAGGAGGGCGAGUACUGGCCGUGGAGGUUCGGGUCGACCAUCCACCACGUCGUCAAGGGCCCCGUGGACGGCACCCCCCUGCUGCUCGUCCCCGGCUUCGGCGUCGGUGCCUUCCACUUCAGCCGCAACAUCGACCAGCUCGCCGCGGAGGGUUACCGCGUGUUCGCGCUCGACAUCCUGGGCCAGGGGCGCUCCUGGCCGGCCGCCGCGCCGGGCUCCGAGGAGGCCGCGCGCGAGGACGCGCCCCCGCUCGUGUACUCGACCGACACGUGGACCCAGAUGCUCGCCGACUUUUGCCGCGACGUCAUCGGCGGGCCCGCGUACAUCGGCGGGAACAGCCUCGGCGGGUUCCUGGCGGUGCAGCUGGCGUACGAGCACCCGGAGCUGUGCCGGGGCCUCCUCCUGCUCAACGCGACGCCGUUCUGGUCCUUCCUCCCGCGUGAGGAGCAGCGCAGCCGAGGGCUCAAGUGGCUGCUCGGCAAGGUGUGGGACGGCGCGGUGCCGGCGCCGCGGUGGAUCCGGGGGCUCAUCGAGCGGUUCUGGUGGAACAACCUGAAGCGGCCCGAGACGAUUCGGUCGAUGCUGAGCCUCGUGUACGCCGACCAGGACGCCGCGUCGUGCCCCGUGAUGAUCGACGGCAUCGUGGCGCCGACGGAGCGGCCUGGCGCCGUGGACGCGUUUGCGAGCAUCGCGUUUGCGCCCAAGACGCGCCGCCCCUUCCACGAGAUGGUCGCCGCGCUGCGCUGCCCCGUCCUGCUGCUGUACGGCCGCGACGACCCCUGGGUAGUGCCGCUGUGGGGCCAGCGCGCGAAGCGCGUGCUGGACGCGCGGGACGGUUCCGUUCCGCCCGCCGACUACCUGGAGCUGUCCCCCGCGGGGCACUGUCCGCAUCACGAGGUGCCGGACGCGGUGAACGCGGCGGCGGCGGCGUGGCUGGCGCGGCAGGAGGCGGCCGCGGGGCGGUGCUCGGCGGAGCGCGCGGCGGCCGCGGACGCGCUGGGCGUGCUCGCGCUCGGGGCGGGGGAGUCGGUGACGGUGGGGGGAGUCGGGAUCUACAGGACGGACGGGUCGCCGAGGAACCCGUUCGAGCACUUCGACGCGCUGCUCGCCAAGGUCCGCGGCACGCCCGUGUAG